AUGAAGCCCCCGCUGCAGGGCUUCGAGCUGCCGGUGGUGGUGUUCGCAACUGAGAGCAUCCCGUCAGCGUCCUUGGACACCGCGGUUUGGGAAGAAGUGGCGGGACAGAGAAAGCUUAAACGGUACGGAGAGAGGCGCUUGCUCUUCGACCUGCAGCCUUUGACAAGCGUCGCUGAGCUCAAGAAGCUGCUGGAGAUCAAGCUCGCCAUCCCUGCAGACAAGCAAGUCCUUUCUGCUGAACUGGUGGCAGAAUUUGACCAAGGCUCAGCUGUUCUUAUCGACCUCGACAACGAUGCCUCGACUAUGAGGGACCACGGAAUCGACCGUCCAGCACUUCCCAUGUCCUUGGCUCACAGGCUGGCCGAGCUCGAUGAACUCUUAGCGUCAGCGGCGUAUGUCGCUGUUGCGACAGUAGGCCCGAAGGCCUUGCUGCCUUUGACUAUGCCAGGCCCUACAUAUGUUUGCCUGUCCAAGGCAUUUGUGCGAAGGCGGAUGCUCACAGCUCUUUCGAUGUACUUCUGUGUGACUACAGUGCUCUGUGAGCGUCUGCCAGUAGAUGAAAAUGAGCUGGAAGAGGACUCUGACAAGGCUGCCACACAGGCCUCGGCCGACAGACCUGCAAGCGACUUGGAUGCUGCAAAGGCUUCGGCCGGAGCUUCCCCAGACGCUGCCAGAAAGGUGCUGGAGACUGCGCCUCUUCUGUCAGCCAGUUUGAAGGCCUCCUCGGCACUAGAUCUCGCAGACCACGAGAACGUCUCGCGCACCUCCACAGAGACAGUGCAGAAGGCCUCGUCAAGUUCACGGAAGGCCAAGGUCUCUGCAACGCAGGCGGCCUGGCAGAAGGCCGCGAUGCACCGGCUGUUCUCCCGGCGAAUUUCAGAGGCAGCUCAUGAGGGGCACGUCUCAGUGAUAGCCCAUGGGCGACAGAAGCAUCGCUGGGACCUGGGCAACGACUACUCCAGCGACGGAGAAGCGCAGGAGGAAGAGGACGACAGCUCCGAGUCCAUGGCGAGGAAUCAAAGGCUGACUGACGAUCAGAGGAAGCAGAUGCGCGUGUUGGAGCAGGAACUGGACAGCAGCCAUCCAGCCAACACCGGUGGCGUGCUGUCAUCUGUUGCCGAGCAACCGAUGCUGUUGGCAGUGGCUGGCGGCAUCGGAGCAUCUGUCGGCAACACGGGCAGCAUCAACUUCGAUCGGGAUCUCAUUCGCCGGAUGAAGAUGCAGGACCUGCUCGUGAUGUGCUUGCUUCUGUUCGUGUACUAUGCCACCUUGUCCUUCAGCGCGUGCCUAGCGCACAGACAGGGUGCAAACAGAUCUCGGGUGAAGUUUUACGCCGACCCCCGGAUGUACAUCAGCACGGCAGAUCAGGCGGAGGAAUUCGCUUUCCUGGAGGCAUUCAACCAGAAGCCGAAACAAGUCCAUCUGCGAGUUACUGGCUAUCUGCCCGUCACUAACAACUUUCCCGGAUCCUUCUUUUGGCGAGAUGGCCUCUAUGCGGUCGCUUUUUCGUUCGCACUAGACUUGACGCCGUGGGUGGCACGCACGAGCUUUCGGCAGCCAGAGGACACUGAUGACGAAGACGCACCAGAGGCUGGCGUGCCCGGCGAGGACCUGCUGAAGCUUCGUAGGUUCCUGGCAGAAGACACCAACGAUAUGGCAAUUGUCGAAAUGAGGAAAACAAUCACCUGGUCAUGCUGGGAGGAGUUGGCCAUGAACAUCAAGCACCGAGUCCGCCAAGCUGGCUUUCAAGGAGUGAUCAACAUCGACCGCACAGAGCAGGAAGACAUGUGCAUCUACAAGAACACACAGUGGGCCAACUUCAUGCACGGCAAAGCACUCAAGGUGCUGUUGGCUCUGAGUGUGGUGGGAUGGCUGUUCUAUGUGCCUUACAUGUGGUUGCGAUGCACGCAUUUGCAUGUCAACUGCGCGCACAGCAUCAAGAUUUCGAUAAGUGAGUUUUGGCCGUUCAUUGCUGAGGGCUUGGGUGCGAACGGAUUUCUCGUGGGGGAGGCGCCGCAGGCGGUCUUCCCAGCCCAGCGAGAAAACUCGGUCGAGGCGGAUUCUUCGGACGACGACACCAAUGCGAACAGGGAAAGUUCGUUUGGGCUGUGCAGCUUUGCCGGGCAAUCGUUGCAGCGCUGCUUUUCCAAAGCAUCGGUCUCUGCCGGCGUGGAGGAGAUGGGUGCUCCGAUCAGCCGCAGCAUGUGCUGCAGUAUCCGCGAGAAGGAUGGCCAAAGCCAUGGGCUCUCUCCGGAUGCGCCCGAGUUCAGCCAAGCGGAGGCCGAGAUUACACUGGCUGAGCCGCGAUUUAUUGCGUUUUCACCACCCUGGGCAACUGGCACACGGCGUUUGGCCGUGGCGAGCUCGCGUCAGGUCCAUGUUUAUGGGAUGCUGCACUCUGGCACCGCAAAGCCCGGAGCCAUGAUGUCUGCGCCGCCACUAAUCCACGAGCUCACCCUGGAAUUUAAGGAACAGCUCGCGGUCACUGCCAUUAACUUCAAGGACGACGAUUCUCCGAAAUGGUUGGUCGUCGCUUUCGGUCCUGAGAAUGCCGCUGCAGGACGGAAGCACUUCAUCAGAAUUUGGAGUUGCGAAGCUGAUGCACGUGGGGAUCGAUCUACACCCUUCCCUGUGAUCGAUCUGCCACGUGCCUUGAGACUCGAGGACUCCGUCCUGUCUCUGGACGACCACGCCGCACCCGUGACGUACUUAGAGACGAACUCACUGUACCUUGUCUCCUGCGACGCCGCCGGGGAGUGCAAAGUCUUCCAGAAAAACAGGUCGUGCAUGCUAAAGGCCACCGCCCGGCUGCAUAAGGGGCCUGUCCUGGACUUCGGCGUGGACAAGAAUUUCAUCUAUUCGUUGGGGGAGGAUUUGAACAUCCGGAUUUGGAGCCUUUCCGACUUGAAGCAGGUGGUCCUUAUUCCUGCAGACCGUAUUCAGGCUUCCGCACUGACUGGCCAAGAAGGGCAGGCCAUCCCUUUGAUGCUGCCUGCCUUGAAGGAGACUCCUCGUGAAAGUCCGCGAGGAGCCAGCCGGAAUCACGACCCAACGUGCCUUCAGCUGUCUGCGCUGACAGCAUUGAAGCGCCCUCUGUCAAGAUGGGCUGGCGCGCAGGCUUCAGCACGCAGCAAUGCCCAGACAGUGCCGCGUGGGGCACUAUUUGUGGCUGGAGUCAUGGCGCCGGGCCAAUCAGCAGCUGCAGAGAAUGCUGGCAUCUUGAUGGACUGCCGAGACAUGAGUGGAGCCUCAAUCCGGCGCCAGUAUGCCAGUGACUUGCCAAUCGUGACCGGAGCUCAGUGCAAUCUGCGGCGAUCACGAACGAGCUACAGACCAUGGCCUACGGCCCCUGCGACAAUGGCCCGCUUAUCACAGCCGACAUGCGCGGGCUUUGCCGCAUUUGGGACUGCACGCCCAG